AUGCGUUUCUCCCUGACCACCAUCGCCAUUGCCCUUCUCGGCACAGCCGUGGCCCUGCCCAACCCUGAUGUCAACACCGUCGAGGAGCGAGCUGCCCAAUGCGGUAAUGAGUUCGACCACUGCAACUCGGAGGCAGACUGCUGCGGUGGCCUUACUUGCUACACCAAAGGCAGCGUCUGUGUCUCUUAA